AUGCGCCUAAUGAUUGAUCCUAGUUACCGGGUACAGGGUCAAGAAGAGAGCUCUAAUAUAACCCAGCAUGAUUAUUUUCAAUGGUUCAAACAGUUACAAGAAGAUAAAACCUCCCUCCAGUAUCGGGUUAAUCAGGCCAUCGAGCGCAUGAACAACAAAAUUCGGAAACAAAGGCCCACAAAGGCAGCCCUGUGGGAAACAGGGGACCAAGUCAUGAGCAGCGGCUGGCGGGGGCGGCCGGGCGGCGAGGAGCAGCGGCUGGCCGGGCGGCCGGGCGGCGAGGAGCAGCGGCUGGCCGGGCGGCCGGGCGGCGAGGAGCAGCGGCUGGCCGGGCGGCCGGGCGGCAAGGAGCAGCGGCUGGCGGGGCGGCCGGGCGGCAAGGAGCAGCGGCUGGCCGGGUGGCCGGGCGGCGAGGAGCAGCGGCGGGAGGGGUGGCCGGGCGGCGAGGAGCAGCGGCUGGCCGGGCGGCUGGGCAGCGAGGAGCAGCGGCUGGCCGGGCGGCCGGGCGGCGAGGAGCAGCGGCUGGCGGGGCGGCCGGGCGGCGAGGAGCAGCGGCUGGCGGGGCGGCCGGGCGGCGAGGAGCAGCGGCUGGCCGGGCGGCCGGGCGGCGAGGAGCAGCGGCUGGCCGGGCGGCCGGGCGGCGAGGAGCAGCGGCUGGCGGGGCGGCCGGGCGGCGAGGAGCAGCGGCUGGCGGGGCGGCCGGGCGGCGAGGAGCAGCGGCUGGCGGGGCGGCCGGGCGGCGAGGAGCAGCGGCUGGCCGGGCGGCUGGGCAGCGAGGAGCAGCGGCUGGCGGGGCGGCCGGGCGGCGAGGAGCAGCGGCUGGCCGGGCGGCCGGGCGGCGAGGAGCAGCGGCUGGCCGGGCGGCGAGGAGCAGCGGCUGGCGGGGCGGCCGGGCGGCGAGGAGCAGCGGCUGGCGGGGCGGCCGGGCGGCGAGGAGCAGCGGCUGGCGGGGCACCGAACCAGAGCAAGUGCUCAGAUGGUGUAGCAAGCCAGGUGUCUUCUUCCCUGGGUGGGAGAUCCGGCCUGGCCACCGUUCUGGAGGAUGCUUUAGUCAAACCCAAGUUCUUGGGCUCAGUGCAGAAGAUGCUGGCGGGAGGGUGCCUCUGA